AUAAUGCUUUGUUUUUUUAAUCAAUGCAGACAUGUCCUCAUCUUCUCUACAUAGUCCAUACUUUUCACAACCUAACCCAAAUAGAGGUUUUCUUCCAUGGCUAUAAGGGUAAAAUUUGGAGAGGAAAAUGGAGGUGGAUGCUAGAAGUGCUUCAACAGAGGCCCAAGCUUGAACAUCUUGCCAUUCAUCAGGAGAUAGAAAACAAUUUAAUGGAAAAUGUAGGAAUAUAUGAAACCAAUUGGGAAGACCCACAGAUUGUUCCACAUUGCCUUUCAUCUCAGCUCAAAACUUGCUUGUUUAGAGAUUUUAGAGGCAGAAAGAAUGAGAUUCAAUUUGCAAAAUAUGUAAUGCAAAACUCAAAAGCAUUUUGUACCAUGACAAUUCAUAGUGUAUGUUCCAUCGAUUUAAAUGGUAAGUACCAAAUGUUACAGAAAUUAGCUAUGUGCGGAAGGGCCUGUAAACUCAUAUUUGAUUGAUGAGGUUAGGAAAUAUAUUUCCUACAUGACUAGAUUUUUGAUAGAUUCUAAAUUUAUAAUAGCAAGAUUUGAUGGUGUUUCAAAUA